CGACCACCAUCUGCACCUGCUCGCUCUAGACAUCAAGCUGGCCGCCUCUCGUGCUUCCAUCGUCUCGUCCUGCUCCACUCGCCCCUGCCAUGCUCGCCGCCCUCAGUCCGGCCGUGCGCCGGCCGCCAGCACAUCUCCUCGGCGCCCUCGGCCGCGUCGCGUCCCGUCGUGCGCUCUCGCAACGCAGCGCUGCCGCUCGUGGCAGCCGCCUCCUGGUCGUGCCCACACCUGUCUCCUCAAGAGGCGUCAGCGCCGUGCGCAGCUUCGCGUCGAGCAGCUCGCGGCCGGCGCGCCGCACCGUCGACUACCUCCUCGCCGAUGUCGGCGAGGGCAUCACCGAGUGCGAGAUUAUCAAGUGGUUCGUCUCGACUGGCACCGAAGUGUCCGAGUUCGACGCGCUCGUCGAGGUGCAGUCCGAUAAGGCCUCGGUCGAGAUCACCUCGCGCUAUGCGGGACGAGUAGUCGAGACGUGCUACUCCGUCGGCGAAGUCGCGCGCGUCGGCUCGCCGCUGUGCCGCAUCGAGGUGGACGACGGCGAGGCGGGCGAUGCGGCGCCAGAGCCUGCUGCGCCGGAGCCUGCCAAGCCCGCAGCGGCAGCACCAGAGGCAGCCGCGCCAGAGCCAGAAGCUGCUCCUGCCGCAGCGUCCGCCCCAGAAGAGCCCUUCGCUCGCGGCAAGCACGCCUCGUUGGCCACGCCGGCUGUGCGGAGAAUCACGCGCGAGGAGGGCAUCGACAUUGCCUCGGUGCCCGGCACGGGCAAGGACGGGCGCGUCACCAAGGAGGAUGUGCUGGGCUUCGUUGCACGGCGCAAGGAGGGCGGCAGUAGCAGCGGCGCACCGGCGCCCGCACCUGCCGCGCCGCAGGCCGGCGAGCAAGUCGUCGAGAUGAGCUCGAUCCGGCGCGCCAUGUUCAAGGGCAUGACGGCCACGUGGGCCGUGCCGCACUUUGGCUACUCUGAGGAGGUCGACGUGACGGAGCUGGAUGCACUGCGCAAGUCACUCGCAGUUGCGACGGGCAGCAAGUUGACGCUGCUGCCGUUCCUGCUCAAGGCUCUCUCGCUCGUGCUGCCCGAACACCCACUCUUCCGCUCCACGCUCGACGCUGCUUCGACGCCGGCCAAGCUGCGGCAACGCGACUCGCACGACGUCUCUCUGGCCCUCUCGUCGCCCUUCGGCCUGCUCACGCCCUCGCUGCCCGACCUGCGCACACUCUCCAUUCUCGAGAUUGCAGCGCACAUCGCCUCACUGCAGAGCAAGGCGAGCGCUGGGCCGCUUUCGCGCGCCGACAUGGGCCGGCCAGCAACACUCACGCUCUCCAACAUCGGCGCCGUGGGCGGUACGGCUGCGGCGCCUCUGCUGCCGCCGACGGGCCAGCUGGCCAUCGGCGCCGUGGGGCGCACCAAGCUGCUGCCGCGCUACGACGCCGCGGGCAACAUCGUGCCGCGCCUGCUGCUGCCGACGUCGUGGAGCGCAGACCACCGCGUCGUCGAGGGCGCCGAGCUGGCACGUCUGGUGGCGCAGUGGAAGGAGAUGUGCGAGCAGCCGCAGAGCUGGCUAGCCAGAUUGCGCUGAGCGACAAUGUCACCCAUGCAUGCCUAGAUACUGAGAUUGAGCUGUCGAGAUCAGCGUCUGACGCCUGCAGCUGUGCUCUCGCUUCGAAGCGCCAGCAGGAGAUGUGUUGGCACAGCCUGAAAGCCAGCUGCUGCUUCGCGGCCAGGAGCAGGUUGGCGGCGGCGUCUGCGCGGCAGGUGAGGCGGCUGCUCGAGGCCAUGCGCUCCGCAGAUGGCUCAGAGGUAUCCUGUCAGGCGAUGUAGCAUCGGUGUCGGCUCGCGCAGGGGCAGAGUCUGAAAGUGAGGAGCAAGCUAUGGGCGGCGAGCGAGGGCGCAGACGGCAGCGUGGGAACAAAGCUGCAUGCGCUGCCGCGGCAUUUUGGCGCUGCCGGCGC